AUACAGUUGUCAUCCGGGUUAUUGUGUGGUCUGGUCACACGUCAAGAUGGCGACACACAUGUCGAGGUGUAGAUCCUGGAGCCCCGUUCAAAGUUAUUCUGUGUAUGAUUCCAGGUAUGGGCUCGCAGCCUACAGGAGGUACAGCGGGGGCGGUGGGUACCCCAACAUCCCCCUGUCCUCCCCGCUGCCCGGGGUCCCCUCCCCGACGUUCGCCUCCGUGGACGGCCUGGAGAAGAGCGAGACCAGGAUCACCACUCUGGAAAACGGCCUGAGAGUGGCGUCUCAGAACAAGUUUGGUCAAUUCUGCACUGUUGGAAUUUUAGUUAAUUCCGGGUCAAGACACGAGACCAAGUAUCCCAGUGGGAUUGCUCAUUUCUUAGAGAAACUUGCCUUUUCUUCCACAGCUCAGUAUGGGAGUAGAGAUGAAAUUCUUCUGACGUUAGAGAAGCAUGGCGGAAUAUGUGACUGCCAAACAUCCAGAGACACCACUAUGUAUGCAAUCUCUGCAGAAGUGAAGGGCCUGGACACGGUGGUCAGCCUGCUGUCAGACGCUGUCCUGCAGCCUCGCCUGCUGGAUGAGGAGAUCGAGAUGACUCAAAUGGCCGUGCGUUUUGAGCUGGAGGAUCUGAACAUGAGGCCCGAUCCUGAGCCGUUACUCACAGAGAUGAUACAUGCUGCAGCGUACCGCGGGAACACGGUGGGCCUGCCGCGCUUCUGUCCCGGCGACAACGUGGACAAGAUCGACCAGGCCGUGCUGCACGGCUACCUGCGCAGCUACUACUGUCCUCAGCGCAUGGUGCUGGCCGGGGUGGGCAUUGAGCAUGAGCAGCUGGUGAAGUGUGCCCGCCGGUACCUGCUGAACACCAGGCCGGUGUGGGGCGAGGCCACGCCCACCGACGUGGACCUCUCCGUGGCCCAGUAUACCGGCGGCAUCGUCAAGAUGGAGAAGGAUAUGUCUGACGUCAGUCUGGGCCCCACCCCCAUCCCAGAACUUGCACACAUCAUGAUUGGUCUGGAGAGCUGCUCAUUUCUGGAGGACGACUUCAUCCCGUUCGCGGUGCUCAACAUGAUGAUGGGCGGGGGCGGCUCCUUCUCCGCAGGCGGGCCGGGGAAAGGCAUGUUUACCCGCCUCUACCUCAACGUCCUCAACAGGCAUCACUGGAUGUACAACGCCACCGCCUACCAUCACAGCUAUGAGGACAGCGGCCUGCUCUGCAUCCAUGCCAGCGCCGACCCCCGACAGCUUCGGGAGAUGGUGGAGAUCAUCACCAGGGAGUUCAUCCAGAUGGCGGGGACACCCGGAGAGAUGGAGCUGGAGAGGGCUAAGACCCAGCUCAAAUCCAUGCUUAUGAUGAAUCUGGAGUCGCGGCCGGUCGUCUUCGAGGACGUUGGUCGCCAGGUCCUCUCUACAGGGAAGAGGAAGCUGCCCCACGAGCUGUGUGCGCUCAUCAGCAACGUUACCACCAGUGACAUCAAGCGCGUCACCUCUAAGAUGCUGCGCAGCAAGCCGGCGGUGGCGGCACUGGGAGACCUCACGGAGCUGCCCUCCUUCGAACACAUCCAGGCCGCCCUGUCCAGCAAGGAUGGGCGCCUGCCGCGCACCUACCGCCUGUUCCGGUAGACCCCGCGGACCCCCUCUGCCCCGGACCCCCACCACCAUAUAUGUACAUAAACCGUAAAGGGAACCUGGAGACCCACUCACACGACAUCUCGCCCCAUGCAGAGGGGCUGUGGGGGAGGGGACUUUGUUCUGGAGUCCACCCCAACCAGGAGAUGUGGAGAGUAUUUCAUUUUUUUGUCAUUUUUAGUCUGUGUGUACCCAGCUGGAGCCUUUGUCAUUUGGGAGGACCUGUUUUUUUUUUUACAUUUGGGAUUGUUUAACUGGUCACCCCAAAUAACAAAUGCUGUACCUAGACUUGACGAGCAGAGGACUUCUGAGAACCGAAGCCCCGCAUCAAUCAGUAGCAAUUGUGGUUUGUGUGGUAGUUUUCCCUGUAGGCUUCCUGUUGUGUGAUUCAGAGGUUGGUCCUCUAUUUAGAUGAGCCUUUAUCUUCAGUUUGAGGAGGCGGGAUAAACAAAUUGUUUUCAGUUUUGCCUCUGUUCUUAAAGGAGAGUUAGGUGGUUUGCUCUGAUGAUACUUGGAUUCAGGUCGCCCUCCAGGCAAACUGCUUAAUUUGGAGGCUUUCUGUACAUUUGGCUCAUUGUCGUGCUAAAAUACCAGAUAAAAUGAAAACUUGGAAUUUCUCAGUCAUCGAUUGGUUACCCUGUAAGAAUGUUUUAUCUCUUCUCAACCCCGCUCGCCAUGUUUUGCCUAAUGCACAUGAACACUGCACAUGUAUAAACUAACAUACGUAGAUUGAUGUUAGCUUGUAGGUUUAUCCAAGCCUAUCAAUAUCUUACUACUAUAAUGGCAGGCCUGUCGCACCAGUUACUCAAGUUGGUCAUAUGCGCAUUUCCACCGGAGGGUGCGGGUCGGUUCGGUGCGGCUUGGUUGAGUACUGAAGGUGCGGUUCGGCGCAGCUCGGUUACGGCUCGCGUUUCCUCCGCCGACAGUACCCUUAUCGUAGGGCGGGGUUUGGCUUAAAUCGGGAGCCUCUUUUAAUAUGUUAGGUAAAAACAUCUAAUUUGCCGAAAUUGAGUGAUAGGUUAUACAAUUAAGAAAAAACAACGUUGGGCCUCUUCAUAACUAAUAUAUAUAUUAUUUUAAUUCAAUAAUGUACAAUUUUUUGCAAACCUUAAUUUUUGGUGCCCCCCCAGGUACUUGGUGCCCUACGCACUCUGCGUACUCUGCGUAUAAGGAGCGGCGGGCCUGGGUAAGACGUUAUGUUUUUAAACGUAACGCUUCCGCCGUCGAAAAACUCUCCACGGUAAGACGUUCUGUCUAUAGACUGUAUAAAUUGCGAUAAAAGAAGGGAAGAGACAAUUUCUCACUUCGACAAGCAACGGCAGGUCGUUCAUUUUGUCAUAUAAAAGCUGUUAAAUUCAAUCAUCGCACCGACCGGCAUAUCCGCACAUAAGUCACGUGAUAUUAAAUACAGUGUCCCUAUAACACAAAACGAAAACAUGUCAAAACAGUAUGAUGAAUUAUGUCUACAGAGCCAACACAAGACUACACCACGUUGCUCAAAUGUAAUAUUACUCUCCUUGAGCCUCCCGAAAUGUCUUUAAACUUUGUUGCUCAAACUUAAUAUUACUCUUCUCUUGAGCCUCCCGAAAUGUCUUGCAAUAUUGACAUCCCCCUUCUCCCCCUGCAGACUGUUUUAGUUUUAUUUUUUCUUACGUUUUGUGUGUAUGCUAUGUGUGACUGUUGGCUACUGCUGCCUGUCUUGGCCAGGACACUGGCAGAGAUGUUUAAUCUCAAUGAUUAUUAUUUUCAACUAACCAAUAGUAGUUGCCUUGCAUUUUAAAAUGUCAAUGCACCUUUCAGCCCUGAAUAACAGUAAAAGCUAUUUAAUAUUUGAUUUGCAUAUACUACUUUUUUUAGUGCUUAGCUGCUUUCAGACACACGUGCAAGUCCUGAUAUUCCACUGAUGGGCCGUAUGUGUGAACAACAUAUCCUGACAUUUGUACCCUGAAAAUCUAAUGUAUAAUACUACCCCCUGAGGUAGUAUUUUCUCCGUAGGAAAUGUAAAUUACCUUAAAUGUGAAUGAGUAGAAAGUCUGUAUUUCUCACACCACUUCAGUGGGCGUGUUGAUGACGCUUCUGCAUUUCAUUGAGUGGCCCCCUAAAUGAUAAUCAGCCUGUUGCCUUUUGUUCGCAGAAUGGUUAAAAAAUAUUUAAAUGAUGGUACUGCUUUUAAGAGUAAAUUGUGGUGAACUAAUUUUAUACGUUGUAACAUUAUAGGCAAAUUGUUGUAUUAUGCGCCCAGAAUUUAGUAACAUUAUCGACUGGGGUUUCCACAUUAUUGCUAUGGGUUUAAUUACAACCAGAGGUUGAGCGAGCAAAAACUCUAGUAAUAUUAAUUUGGCCAUAAAUACAAUAAUUUAUUUUAAAAGUCCUGAUGUUUUCAAAUGCAGGUUGGAUGGUUGAUAAACUGCCCAGCUGAAGAUCACUUUUAAAACCUUUUUAUUACAUCAUGUUACAUCAGACAAGUCAUAGAAAAUAAGUUGGGUCUGGACCAACCCACAGGCACUUUCAGUAGCAGAAGCCAACACACUCUUAGCUAGUUAGUGCCAUACCGUACAUUAUGUGGGGAAGCUGCACAAUGACAGUCUGUCUGGGGAUAAGAAAGAAGGCAGCCAACUAAAGGUAGAAGUCUGUUUUAACAAUCCAUGUUUCUUCUUAAGCAAACACUUGCUUCCGAGAUACAGUUGCAUGUGGCGUCAUUCAAGGUCUGAACUACACCAGUUACUUUCCACUGAAACAUCCAUACGAUACCAUCUGGGUGUGGGGAGGAGACCUUGGGAAAGACCCAGGACCAUGGAGAGAUUAGAUCAACACUGGCCGGGGAUCCCCCCCGUCAGAGCUGGUCAAUGUGGCCCAGGAAAGGAAAGUCUGGGGCCCCCUGCUGGAGCUGCUGCCCCCGCGACCCAACCCAGGAUGAGCGGUUGUUGAAGAUGAGAUGAGACGAUACAAUCUGAAAUUAAUUUUGUCCUUGAGAUUUUACAUGUGAUGCAGAAUUGGUCAACAAUCUUUGAAGUAUUAGAGUUGAAGGACAUGACUUAUGCCAGCAAACCAUUAAACAUCAUAGACAUUUGUGGUAAUGUAAGUAUAAGUAAACCUUUGAUCGAUUAAUCUAAAUAGUUUUAUCCAAGCUCCCAUUUGAAGCCAGGUUAAUUUCAAGCAUUUGGACUGGAAUGUAAAAUCUCAUUAAUAGUCACAUAUGUACCAUUUUGGUAUCAACGCUCCCCAAUAGUAUUAAAUAAGAUAACUGUAUAUUUACCAUUUAACCCCAAUGAAAAUGGCAUUAUUCAAAGCACUAUCAUUAGGGAAACAAGUUUAACAUUACGGGUUAUAAUCACCCUCAGUUCAUUUAUAAACCUUAAAUACAUUUUUUUUUUUGUCUCUUAUUAAAAACGUACAAAAUCCUUACAAACCCAAUACAAACACACCAAGCCUUGAAGGGUUAAUCAUAAGCAAGUUGUGGUGUAUAUAAAGCCCAGCCUGUUGUGUCAGCAGACCCCUGGGCUGUCUGACCUCAAGGUCCCUGCCCUCAAAGCACAGCCAGCCUCCACCAGGCCUCUCUCCCUCAC